AUGUCUGAGAAGAAAGCCAAGAACAAUGCUGAUUGGAAAAAACGUGUAAAAGCUGAAUAUUUUAGAUUAUUGCAAGCUAAGAAGACUAAAAAAGAUGAUGACAACGUAUUGGCCUGUAUUAAUAAUCAGAAGAAAGUUUGUGGUAUGAAUAAACAUCAUGAUGUUUUUAUCUGUAUAUUUUCAUGAGUUUUUUUUAUUUAGAUAAAAAAUCAGAAGAACUUAAAAGGUUGCAAUCUAGAAAAACAGUUUGGGAAUGCCGACCAUAUAUUGAAACAGUAUCAAGAUCUAAACGAUCAGAAGUAUCUAAAGUAGAUGGUAUUGGUGAAGACAGUAUGAGUGUUCCAAUAAAAAUAAUAAAUGCUGUAGCUCCUAUACCUACUAUGUAUAUCUGGGCACCAAUUCAGCAAAAUUUUAUGGUACAAUAAAAUGUUUAAUUUGUUAGAAAAUAUUUAUUUAGUUUUUAUUAAUUUUUUAUUAUCUAAUUUAAUUUGUAGGUAGAAGAUGAAACUGUAUUACAUAAUAUUCCAUAUAUGGGAGAUGAAGUACUUGAUCAAGAUGGGUCUUUUAUUGAAGAGCUAUUAAAAAACUAUGAUAAUAAAGUUCAUGAUGAUGAUGCUGCAAAUUUUUUAGAUGAUCAGGUUUUCAUUGAUUUAGUUUAUGCACUUAUUCCCUUUCAGGUAGGUAAAUUAAAAAUAAAUAUAUAAAUUAUUCAUGAACUAAAAGCCAAUAUUGGUGAUUUUGUUUAGCAAGAAGAAGACAAAGAACAACAAGGUUUAAUAGUUUCAAAAGCAGUGUCAAGAAACAGUAAAGAUGAUAGGCCAUUUCCAAGUAUGGCUAUAUUUGAAGCCAUGUCAGCUGCAUUUCCUGACAAAGGAUCUCCUGAAGAAUUUAAAGAAAAGUAUUUAGUAUACUUAUUAACUUAAAAUUAAACCAGGGAUAAAAAACCUUAACAUUUUUUUCAUUUAUGUUUUUACUUAUUUAUACAAUAAAUAUUGUUAUUGUUUAAUGUUACUGAUCUUUUUUGAAGAAAUCAUUUUUUUUUUUUUUUUUGGAAUUGUUUUUUUUAAAAUGAAAACUAAAAACUUUUAGACCACCAAAAAAAUUAAAUAAAUUUUUAUUAAUAUUCACGUAGACAUGCAUAUAUCACAUAAUACUAAUAAAUAAAAAAAAAAUGUAUAUUAUGUAAGGUACCUUAAUAAUAAUAAUAAUAUUAUGUACCGUAUUUAUAAUUUUAGGAAUAAUUUUUUUUCAGUUAUAUUAAAUAUUACAUUUUUUUGUUUUGGUUAUACAUUUUUUCUUUUUAAUAACAUUGAAAAACUUUUUUCUUCGCUAAAUUAAAUAUUUCAUAUCCAAAUAUACAGCAUGAUUAAUUAAGUGGCUAAACUUAAUAAGUUGAAAAAUUAUUGAAUUUUUUAACAUUUUUAUUUUUUGACAAUUUAAAAAACAAGCAGUUUUAAAAUGUUUGCUUCAUUUGUGUUGUGUGGUGUUUAUUAGUGCUCCAUUACUCUUCCCAUAUUUUAACUUAAAAGUGGAAUAUCAACAGGUUUUCAGAAAUCAAAAAUGUCAAUAUCUACAUUUAUUUAAAUUAAAUAAUCUAUUUAUCAAAUUUUUAUUAUAGUUUGUCAUGAAAAUUAAAAUUAAGUAGUUAUUUCACCCCCAAUAAUAAAUAUAACAACACAUAAUGUUAAAGUACCAUUAUAGGAUCUGCUUGUUUUUAUUUAAAUUAUCAAACAUUUUUGGAAUGGAUCAUCUUAUCAUAUAUAAAUUUAUUUAAUAUAUCAUCAUUUGUAUUCUACAGGUAUAUUGAAUUAACUUCAUGUGCUGAUCCAAAUGCACAGCCAUCUCAGUGUACUCCAAAUAUUGAUGGGCCAAAGGCUGAGUCUGUCCCAAAAGAGCAAACUAUACAUUCAUUUUUGAAUUUGUUCUGUAGAAGAUGUUACAAAUAUGAUUGUUUUUUACAUAGUAUGUACAUUUACUUGUUAUAAGUAUAUUCAGUGUAAUCAUUUAAUUCUUAUUGUAUAAUUUUUGUAGAACUUAAGGAGCACGAGUCUGGCUCUAACCUACCAAUAGGCCUAAAAGGACCUUUAUUAAAGCCAUUUUCAACUACUUGUAGUCAAGAUUGUUAUAUGUUACUUGUAAGAAGUGUAUACUGUUUUAAUUAUUUAUUACUAUGUUAUAUGUAAUUGUUUUAUUUAAGGAUGGUAUGAAAGAAAAAUUAGCUGCCAUUGCUGAAAUCAAAGCAGAAAAACAAAAACAAGCUGAUAGAGAUGAGGAAACUAGUAGAGAUCAGAGAUCUGUGUCUAUUACAAUUUCUAAUAACACUAAAGAGUUGUCACCUCAAAAUGAAAGUAGUGAUAAACCAGUUAGUUCUGUUAGGUUGUUAAAAAAAGAUAGCUCAGAUUGGGGAAAUGAUGCUAGUUCCGAAGAUAGCAGGGAUAGUAGCAAAGGUACUUACAGUUUUUCUUAUUAACAAGUUGACUACCACAUUAUUUUAAUAGUUUGAUAUUGUACCAAAAAUCGUAUUCAAUGAAGUAAAUAACAAAAAAACAUAAAGUUUAAAAAUGGUCCCUCAUAGCAUGUGAGUCGAAUGCUGUGUGUUCCAGCAUUGGUACCGAAAGCAUGUAAAAUGGAGGAGUUAAAAAUAUAAAUGACGGGUCUAAACCGUGUGAGUACCAAAUAAGGUACUCAUGGUAAUGGAUAUUUUAUCUUUUUAUACCUAAUAAUAUUCUUAAGUAUCUAUAUGUAUAUAAACAAAAUUAGUAAAAUAAAUAAAUUAAUGUAAUAGAUAUUAAAUUAUUUUUGAGUAGAUGGCGAGUUAGAUAUGGAAGAUCCAUUAUCAACAAAAACCUCAUUCUCUUUAUUGCCACGCAUGAGUACUGAAGAUAAACAAGUGUGGACUGGAUCAGAUCAAUCAAUCUUUCGUGCACUACGUCGCACAUUUUUAAAUAACUAUUGUGCCAUUGCUCAGAUGAUGUUGACAAAAACAUGUCAGCAGGUUUAUGAAUUCGCGCAAAACGAAAAUGACGAUGUUACUGUUGAAGAAGCUAUUAGUGAAUUAACUCCGCCAAGAAAAAAAAAGAAGAAGUUACGUCUAUGGCAAACUCAUUGCCGUAAAGUUCAGCUGAAGCGUGAUUCUGCAUCAAAUCAUUUAUAUAAUUAUACUCCAUGUUCUCAUCCACCAAAUCAAGGAUGUGAUGCAACAUGUCCUUGUGUAAUGGCCCAAAAUUUUUGUGAAAAAUUCUGCAAGUGUAGUUCAGAUUGUAAGUAUCUAAACACUAUUGCGUAUUGUAUUAUGUAUUUUAAAUUGAUUAUAUUUAUUAUUUAUUGAUGUAUCUCUUUUUGAAGUGUUCCAUGAAGGAUUAUUAUAGAUUAAAAAUUUAAUAGUAUAAAUUAUAUUUUAAAUAUUUUAUUUUCUAAUUCUUUGGUAUUUUAAAAACUGUGAGAAGAUAUAUUAAGAGUAUGAUUUGUUUGACAAUGCUUAUGUAGACUAAGUAAAAGUACCUAUGAAGAAAUGUAAAGAGAAAAAUAUUUUGGAGGGAUCCUCAUCAGGUUUUUGUAUUAUUUUUAAUUUACAGCUUAAUAUAAAAGUUACAAGCUUUUUUAGCUUUUUAAAUAACUAACUUAUUUAAUAGUUAACAUUUCAAAAAAACGCCUAUGAGAUUCUCCAAAAUAUUGUUCUCUAUAAAUUUCAUAGUAAGUACUUAUACCAUAAAAUCAAAAUUAGCUAAUUAUCCGGUAGUUGGACUGAAACAGUAGAUGUGGUUGUGGUGUCCUUUUGAGUAGAAUUAGUUUUUUUUAUAAAAUCUUAAAAGUUUUGAGUAAUUCUAAAUAGUGACUUAAGUAUUAUUUUAUUCAACUUAAAAUUUUAAUAAUUUUACUACCAUCUAAUAUUUAUACUCAGUUUUAAAAGAGAGCAUAUCGCUUUCACAACCAGUUUUCAUUUGGUGGAGCGUUUCUCUACCAGGUACUACAAUGAGCACGCUCCUGCCUUGAGCUCAUUGUGAACGUACAUACAGCCAGUACCAAGUAUCACAACUAUAAUACACAUGUUGAAUUUUGCGCUAAUACGUGUAGUACACAUUUGGUUUAUUUUAUAUUUUUAUAAUUUUUCACAUUAUUAUGGACCUACUUGGAUUUAAUUAACUGGUCAGAUAUCACAAAUUAUAAACAAUUUAUUUUAAAUCGGUGUAUACUCAUUGGAAACUUUUAAUCUGUGACCUUCGUGUAUGAUUGUUGCAUUGUUUCAAUGAUAAUAGAAGAAAUUUGACUUGGGACGGCCACCAGCCAUCAGUCGAAAUGCGCGAAAGCUGUAUGUUCUCUUUUGAAAUAGAGUAAAAGUUUAUUUUUAUUAAAUUUUUUCAAAAGUUCUAUAAAGAAAUCUAUUAUAAACCAAAUUCCAUUUUUAAAAUGCAUGUAUGCAGUAAUUUAUUAUAGCUUUCAAAUUGAAAGUAAAAUAAAGUUAUAUUACUUAUAUGUUCAGAAAUUAACAAAGCAAUAUGGGUAUUAAUAUUUACUAUUGUAUCUUAAACAUUUUUUUUUUUUAAUAUACCUAUUCCUAACUAUAUUUUAGGUCAAAAUAGAUUCCCAGGUUGUCGGUGUCGUGCUCAGUGUAACACAAAACAAUGCCCUUGUUAUUUAGCAGUUCGUGAAUGUGAUCCAGACCUAUGUUUAACUUGUGGUGCAGACCAGUUUAAUUUAGAUAAUAUAACAUGUAAAAAUGUCAGUGUUCAAAGAGGCCUUCGUAAGUAUACUAACAAUUUUUUUAAAAUGUUUAUAGCAAAUUUUUGUAUUUCAUUUUAAUUUGUAGGUAAACACUUGUUGAUGGCUCCUUCAGAUGUUGCUGGUUGGGGUAUAUUUUUGAAAGAUUCAGCUCAAAAAAAUGAAUUCAUAUCAGAAUAUUGUGGAGAAAUAAUUACUCAAGAUGAAGCAGAUCGACGUGGAAAAGUGUAUGAUAAAUAUAUGUGUAGCUUUUUAUUUAAUUUAAAUCAUGGUGAGUAUUCAACGUUCUAAGUAAAAUUUCUGAAUGUUUUUCUUUUUUUGUAAUUUAUAUAAUAUUGUGAUAAAAAAUAAUUAAUUUGGGGAUUUUAUAAUUUUUUUUCAUAGAUUUUGUUGUUGAUGCUACACGAAAAGGCAACAAAAUCAGAUUUGCAAAUCAUUCUAUAAAUCCAAAUUGUUAUGCUAAAGUUAUGAUGGUUAAUGGUGAUCAUCGUAUUGGUAUAUUUGCAAAACGUCCGAUACAGCCUGGCGAAGAACUCUUUUUUGAUUAUAGGUUAGUAUUAUGUUUGUAUUAUUUAUUUUAUAAUAUAGUUGCUUGCAAUUUUAAUAUUAUUAUUAUUGUAUAUAUAGGUAUGGGCCAACUGAACAACUUAAAUUUGUUGGAAUUGAAAGGGAAAUGGAAUUUUUACCUUAA